UCUUCCUGUGCGUUUCUUCUUCCUCCGUUCGCCAGACGCCAGUACACGUAUCCAUACCGAUACCGGUUUACCUGUAAAUCUCCUCCGAUCGGAGAAAGCCUUUCACAAUGGCGGCGUAUAGAGCUGACGAUGAUUACGAUUUCCUCUACAAGGUGGUACUGAUUGGUGAUUCCGGCGUCGGCAAAUCCAACCUGCUCUCCCGAUUCACGCGCAACGAGUUCAGCCUCGAGUCUAAAUCCACCAUCGGUGUCGAAUUCGCCACCCGAAGCAUUCAUGUCGAUGAAAAAAUCGUCAAGGCUCAGAUUUGGGACACCGCCGGUCAGGAGAGAUACCGAGCAAUCACAAGCGCUUACUACCGAGGAGCUGUUGGGGCUUUGCUUGUCUAUGAUGUUACGAGGCAUGUGACAUUUGAGAACGUUGAGAGAUGGUUGAAGGAGCUUAGAGACCACACAGACGCUAACAUUGUGAUCAUGCUUGUUGGGAACAAGGCGGAUCUACGUCACCUAAGAGCUGUUUCAACCGAAGAUGCCAAAGCCUUUGCAGAGCGAGAGAACACUUUCUUUAUGGAGACGUCUGCACUCGAAGCACUCAACGUCGAGAAUGCUUUCACUGAGGUACUCUCUCAAAUAUACCGUGUGGCAAGCAAGAAAGCACUCGAUAUUGGAGAUGAUCCGGCUACUCUUCCUAAAGGACAGAGUAUUAAUGUCGGGUCUAAGGACGAUGUUUCUGAAGUCAAGAAGGUCGGAUGCUGCUCCAGUUGAUCUCUCUCUCUAUCCAGCCAUUUUGUCCGGUACCAUUUGUUUCUUAGGAAACUUAUACAGUUUCAUUAUCUAUUGAAGUAACAUUUGUUUCUUUUCCUUCUUUUGGUGUAAGUUUUUCAGAUCCUCUUUAUGUUUCCA